AUGAAUAAUAAUAAUAGUAAUUUAAAUGAUAGAAGUAAUUUAAAUAAUAAUAAUAAUAAUAAUAACAAUAUUAAUAGUUUUAAUAAUUUAAAUAAAAUUCCAACCUUAGUGAAAAAAAUUACAACAAAGAAUUUUGAUAAAGAGAUUAUUAGUUUUGAAAAUGAUUUAAAGAAUGCUUUAUUUAUAUCUGUGGAUACAGAGUUUACAGGGCUGGGUUAUCAAAAAUCUUUAAAGUUAGACGAUAUACAGGAUAAAUAUCAAGCUAUGGCAGCUUUAGUCAAACAAAGAUCAAUUUUGGAAUUUGGAAUAUCAAUAAUAUCAUCAACAACACCAAAUAAUGAUUUAUUAAAUCCUAAAAUAGAUAAUAAUAAUAAUAUCGAUAGCAAAUCAAAUAGUAAUAAUAAUUAUAACAAUGAUAAAGCUAGCAGCGAUUUAGGUGAGAUUAUAGAAAAUACAGAAGUUGAUGAAACCAUCACAGAUACAACUAGUGACAGUUUAGAAAGAAACUAUACAUUAAGAGUAUAUAAUUUUAUAAUGUUAAAUUUAAGUGACUUUCAAGUAUCCCCUCAAAGUAUGACAUUUUUAUCUAAACAUGGUUUUAAUUUCCAAGAGCUAUUCGAAUAUGGUAUACCAUUUCAAUCUAGAAGACCAACUUUUACACAACAUCAACAUCAAAAUAAAAAUAAUAACAACAACACAAUAAAUACUCACAUAAAUACACAAGAGGAGCUUUUAAGCAGAUCUAAAUUGCUUUUAAGUAUAAUCGCAAAAUAUCAAUUACCAGUAAUUAUUCAUAAUGGUAUUUUUGACCUUUUAUUUAUUUUUCAAAGUUUAAUUGCAGAUCUACCAGAUAAAUUAAAUGAUUUUAUAGUUAAAUUGGUAACUGUUUUUCCAAAAAUAUAUGACACAAAAUAUAUUGCAGAAUAUAAAAUUAAUGAAAAAAGAACAUACUUACAAUAUUUAUUUCAAAAAUACGAAAGAUUCAAUUAUCAAAGAAAAACUAAAAAGGAAAUAUAUUUAUCAUUAGAAUUUUUAACCUUUGAUAAUGAAGAGGACGAUAAAGAAAAUAAAAACCAACCAUUAAUAAAUAUAGACUAUUCAUUUUCUAAAACAGUUCCUCCAGGUGUUAAAAUAUGUAAUGAUUUUGCAGAUUUUGGUUAUUGUAGAUUAAAAGAUAAAUGUCAAGAUUCACACGAUAUUUCACAAAUUCUAGAUAGCGAGGAGGCAAAGAGACAAAAAAAGAAAAGAGGAAGAAAAACAUUUGAAGAUGACAACAGUAAUUUGGAUGGAGAAAAUGAAAUUGGCGAAGUUAUAAAAUCAAUUGUAAAUAAUAAUAAUAAUAAUAAUGAUAAUAGCGAAGAAAAUAAUUGUAAUUUUAAAUAUAAAGAAAUUUUUAAAAUGGAAGGUCAAAAUAUUCACUCUGCAGGGUUUGAUUCGGCUAUGACCGGUUUUAUUUUUACAUAUUUUUUACUUUUGUUUAAAAAAUCAAAUCUUUUAAAUGAAGUAGAAAAUAAAGUUUAUUUAUCAGGCAAACAGGUCCCAUUAUUUUUAAAACCUUCAAAAUAUUCAGAUAAAUAUUAA